CAAAGGCGGGCGUACUUUUUUUCCCAUUCACAUUCAUAUUUAAUAAAUCUGCCAUUGCCGUGGCCGUUCUACAUAUAUCGAUACGAGUACGAGCGAGUAUCUAUCUAUCUAUCUACACAUUCCCCUAACGAUACGAUACGGGGAUUUGGUCUUCGAUCAGCAUGAAGCAACCGCAACUGCAGCGACAGCGACAGCAGCAGCAUUGAGCAGCCGCCCCACAGGAGUCAUGGGCUGUGCCAGCAGCACUCCCAUGGUUGCAACGGCGGGCAGCGAAAUGCUGAAAGCCGCCACCCAUGUCCGGGAGAAGGGCGAGGCCGUCGUAGAAGAUGCCACUCAGACGCUGACCACGGGCCUGGACACGGCCAAGGAGACGGUGGGCGCGGCCGUGGCGGGUAUUACCAACGAUCUGGGUAACGCCUUCAAGGAGGGCACCCACGUCCUCGACGAGGCCAAGCACAAGGUAAUGGAGGGCCUGCACCUGGAGCAGCCCGCCCAGGCAGAAGAGGCGACGACGGCGGCGGCGGCGGCGGAGUCUGGCGAGGUCAUGGCCGAGCUGAGCUCAUCUCGGGCCCCAACGCCACAGCUGCAGGAAGAUGCGGACAGCCUGAAGACAUCCACCCCAGAGCCGGAGAUCGAGCGUGCCCUGGCCAACGAUGAGGAGAGUCCGCCCACGCCACAGCCAUCGCUGGAGGAGUUGGCCCACUUGAGUGCUGAGGUGGCAUCGGUGUCCGAUGCCCAGCCUCCUGCUGCUCCACCUGCUGUAGCAGAAGCGAUGGCCGCACCUGCUGCCAUCGAAGCGCCAGCAGCUCCAGCCCCCGCUGCGUCCGUGGAAGGACAGUGGUUUCGGCGGAGUGUUGCGAAAGAGGAGCCAUGGCCACCCCGCCCAAACACCACCGAGUGGGAAAAGUUUGCCGAUCAGCUGGCCAAAAACAAAAAGUUUAAGCCCUACGAAAGCUUUGUCCACAGCCAGAAUCAUUUCUCCGUGUACAAGGACCACACGAGCCUGCGGGACAAGCCCGGCCACACCGACGGACACUUUAGUGGCGGCAACUCGCUGUCCAGCACCUCCCAGUCGGAUCUCUCCAGCGGCCACGUGACGCCGGCCAUGAGCCGCAAGGGGCAGAGGGAGUUUGCCAAAUUUGUGGCGUCCGAGGGGCCGGCGAGUGUGUCCAGGGCCAGCUCACGGAUCUCGAAUGCCGGCAGCUCGAGGACCUUCGACUUCAAUCCGACACGCGAUCGCAUCAGUGUUUUUGAGGCCAUGAGCGGAAGUCGCAGCCGCGUGGGCUCGGCCAUCAAGCGGGCUCCCGCGGAGCGGAUGUCCCUCUGGGGCAAGCACGCUGCCGUGGCCGAAGAGGAGCCCCCUACGACUGGACAUGGCAGGAGGAUGAGCACGGGCAUGAGCACCCAGAGCGUGCUGCGAGCUUCCACGGAGUACAAAAAUCCCUAUGGCAUUCGUCGGGCUGUCCGACCUGUAUCUCAAACGAGGAGUAUCCGAGUAGAAAAGCAAACAUCCUCGGUGACACCCAGAAAGGUGCAAGGUGCAAGAAGAAUUCCUUCGAGCGAACCUUUGCACAGAGCUGAGGAUCCGCCAAGAAGGCCAGUCCACGCAAAAGAAAGGAGACAUCCCAGCCAGGAGGGGAAUACAGCUCAGAUGCCAUUACCCAUGGAGGAGCCACACGAGCAGCCACAGAAGAACUUGAGAGUAUUACAGAUUUCCACACCCCUGGAGGAGACACCUACCGAUCUCAGUCCAAGUCCCACGGAAGAUGGUUCUUCAAUUCGAGGUCUUCCACUGAACCAGGGGAAACCCUCGCUGCCUCAGACACAUCACAGAAAAGAUUCACCCACAGAAGCAGCUUCCCCUCCAAAGAUGCAGCCAACCUCCACUUGGAAGUCACCGUUCACACCGAAGAUGCGAACAACUUCCAGUCGGAAGAUCCACUCACCCACCAGUCCGCGAAUGCUGUCACCUUCUGCAACGAGAACGCAUUCACCUGCCACUACAAGGACGCAGUCACCAUCUGAUCCGAGAAUGGAGUCACCGACCAUUUCGAGGAGGCACUCCCCUUCCACCCCAAAGAUGCAGUCACCUUCCAGUCCAAGGAAGCACUCUCCUCCCACAGCAAAGAUGCAAACGCCGUCACCUCCGCCCACCCGUGCAUCGACGGCCAAGUCAUCGGACAGCAGCCUGGACGUGGUAGUUCGGCCCAUGAGCAAACUCAACACACCCAGCACGAAGUCCCUGACGCCCGACCAGGUUGUGAUGGCGGAGUACGAAGAUGCCGCCCUAGAGGCGGCUCUGGCCAGCUUGGAACUGCUGCGCGGAUCCACGGCCACUCUCCACUCCCUUCGAUCCUGCAGUCCCGGGCGGCAUACCUACACCGCCUCUCUGCUGAACUCGAGGCGAACUUCGCCAUGGGUCAUGCGCAAGGACUAUGGCUGCUCCAAAGGCAAGGAAAACAAGCCAUCGACUGCAGUGGCUGCAAGUGCACCAAAGUCCACACCAACACACGAAAGGUGCGACAUCUGCUCGAAUGAGUUUGUGUUGAAUUGAAAGGGUGCAUGCAUAUAUUCUUUCGGCAUAUUAAUUGUAUAUGUUAUGCAGCCCAGUAAAUUUUAAGCUUUAUUUAGUGUUUUAUCAGAUGCUGAGAUACAAAAGGAUCUGUCUAAUGUCUGUCUAAUAACGUAAGUACA